AACAGAACUCAAAGAGGAAGAAGAGGCCGAAAAUAAUAUAUCAGAAAUAUCUGAAGAUGAGCAGGACGACGAAGAAGCUGUUCCCGGCCACCCUCAAGAGAAAUCUCAAAUUUCAGAAGAGAGCCCAAGACGUCCUGGACACGUCAUGAUCAGUUAUCAAUGGAGUUGCCAGAAAUUAAUGUUACGGGUCAAAGAUCGUCUUGAAAGAAUGAGUUAUAAGGUUUGGAUAGACGUUGAAUCAAUGGGAGGAUCGACGUUACAGGCAAUGGCGGAAGCGGUUGAAAACUCUGAAGUUGUUUUGGUAUGCAUGUCUCAGAAAUACAAAGAAAGUCCAAACUGCAGAACCGAAGCUGAGUAUGCCUACAAGUUAGGAAAAACUCUCGUUCCUGUCAAAGUUGAAUCAGGAUAUGAAGCUGAUGGAUGGUUAGGAGCUCUACAGGGAGCAAAAUUCUAUCUUGAUUUCAGUAAUCUGAAUGCAUUUGAGAGCAUGUUUUCAAAAUUGUUGAAAGAAUUAGGAAAUAAAGGAAAAGCUGACGAAGAAACGGUAACGGAUGGACCAAUAACCCGAGCUAGCGCGAGACUUGUGCAUGCUAUUCCCCCUAAACUGGCACCACGUAUACCAGUAAAUCAAUGGUCAAAAGAGGAUGUCUUUGAAUGGGCAACAAAAAAUCAGAUACAUUCGCGAAAAAUUCAGAAUUUGGAUGGAGAAUCUCUCAUGUUUUUGGGUUCACUUAAAUCAUCGGCACCAGAGUUUUUCUACAAAUAUAUUUCAGAGAGAUUUGGACUGAUUGAACUGCGUGAUCUAAUGUCAAUUAGUCGAGGACUAGAAGACUUAGAAGCCUGAAAAAACGAGUGCAUUCAGCAUACUUCAGCUAUAUGACUAACAAGUUUAUAGCUCUGCCUACAAAAGAUGUAUAAAACUGCUUUUGGCAUAUUUUACAUACACAUAAUAUAUUUUUGUUACAUUUUUA